AAAGGGACUUGAACUGAACAGCUGAGCGAACUACGAAGGUAUCGAAUCGUAUCGAGUUACACGCCGUGUUCUUCUCUCACAAAUUGUCUGAGUUUUGCGCAGUUUUGCGAUCUCACAGAAAAGAUGUCGAAAUACAAGAUCGUUAUGGUUCGUCAUGGCGAGAGCGAGUGGAAUAAAUUGAACCUUUUCUGCGGAUGGUACGACGCCAAUUUAUCGGACAAGGGCAAGAACGAGGCUGUAUCUGCGGGAAAGACUCUCAAGGAUGCAGGUUAUACAUUCGAUGUGGCUCAUACAUCAGUACUCACAAGAGCACAGGAGACACUCAAAUUGAUCCUGAAGGAAAUCGGUCAGGAAGAUCUACCUGUUCAGAAGACGUGGCGUUUGAAUGAACGACAUUAUGGUGGUCUUAGCGGUAUGAACAAAGCAGAAACUGCUGCCAAAUACGGAGAGGAACAGGUACAGAUCUGGCGGAGAUCAUUUGAUGUACCACCACCGCCGAUGGAAUCUGAUCACAAAUACUAUGACACAAUAGUGAAAGAUGCACGUUACGCCGAUGGGCCAAAGCCCGACGAAUUCCCAAAGUUUGAGUCCCUCAAAUUGACCAUCGAGAGGACGUUACCUUAUUGGAACGAUACAAUUAUUCCUCAGUUGAAAGAGGGCAAGAGGAUUAUUAUAGCCGCCCAUGGAAACAGUUUACGCGGAAUAGUGAAACACUUGGAUCAAAUGAGCAAUGAGCAAAUUAUGGGACUGAAUUUGCCAACCGGUAUCCCAUUUGUGUACGAAUUGGAUGAGAAUUUCAAGCCUGUCGUUUCUAUGAAGUUCCUGGGUGAUGAAGAGACAGUUAAAGCUGCGAUGGCCGCGGUUGCCGCACAAGGAAAGGCCAAAUAAACAAAUAAUAAUAA